AACCAUUCGCCGAGACGCCUAGUCCUGGAUGAUGCAUUUUCGAAUGCCAUGGAUUUCGUGAGGACAGAGUCCCGACGUCGGCCGAAACACCGAUCUCGGCUGGAUGAACACACCGGUGUGCAGAUGUCGCCCGUGGCGGGGACGCCUCCAGGUGGCGGCAUCGGCUCUGGACGCGGGCUACCUCGGCCGGGCGCCGAUUGGCACCGCGUGGCGGCGGCACACGACCCCCUGCGCCGCGUGUGGAGAGCAGAUUCCCCACAUGGUUCACUCCACUCCCGUUCGUCUACACCGGACGCGAAGCGCCUCAAGGCCGCCCAAAUGCGGCACGGCGUCUUCGGGCGUCACCCUGGUGACGACCUCCGCUCGCCGUCCCCGUCGCCCUCGCCGCCACUGCAGCACCCGCAACUUCAUCAGCCCCUGCAGCCUCGGGCAUUCCGGCAAUUGCCACGGCCCGUGACGACGUCGAACCCGACGUUGCCAGUGGGCGUGCGUCGACGGCUGCCGGAGCCGCCGGGAACGAAGCCGUCGACACUGAGUCUCCGCACAGCCGCCCAUGCUAUCGCGGGAUUCAAUUUUCCCACGGUGUCGAAAUCGCCGACACUUGCCACCCAGCACGCUUUCGGCGGCCAGCUGUCCCAGUCCUACAUCAACUUCCCGAAGCUGAAUCCGUCGCCAACGAGGCGCCUGCCUCAGGCCGUCGGGCCAGCAACCUUGAGAUCAUUCGUGAAUUUCGCCAGUCGACAACUGCCUUCCCCGAUGCCCAACGGCUACGGGAACAAGGCAGGCCCUGGGGCAACAGCGACGAUGCCUCGUCGACAGCAGCCAGCGUGUCCGUCACCCGUGACGGGACGAACGUCACGGGCCAGUUUGCCGGCACGACCGCCGCUCAACGCGAGCAGCAGUGUGACAGGGACGCCGUCGGUCGCCACGACGACGACCACGACGACAACGGCGUCCGGUCUCGCCGACCGCAACGACUCCGACGACGAGGACUGGUGCUGACGAUCGCAAAAAGGGGUUCACUGGAACUUCGAUUGAGACACUGGGUCCGAUUUUUUUUUUAGAUAUUUUUCUUGACUUGUUCGUGCUGAAAUAUCUUUCUUUAUCUCUAAGUUGUAUUUUUUCUGGUUGUCUUUGCGUUCAGAACAUUCCGUCAUCGGAAAUUGAUGCAGUUGAGCAGAAAAUUGUAUCUGCUUUGCAGAAAGUUCAACUUCACGAUUUUUGUGCUGUUUCCGUGCCCAUGCAUAUACACAGCUCUACUUUCAUUCCGCAAGCAAAUCCACGCCGAAAAAGACAAAACUUAUCGCAUUACCUUUCUUUUAAAUGUCCAUCAGUCUAAUUGAUUUAUUCGUUCGAACUAUUGGGUCUGAAAAUACUGAUACAAGCUCAUAUUUUCAGCAUCUGAAAUGAGGGGCGGAAUCUUCUAAACGAUUUGCAAACAUUACGACGAAUGUAACUCACGUAAUUCGUUCAUUGAUUAUUUCUUUGAAGAAAAUCGUUCAAUCCCGAGUUAUGCAAGAGAUGUGUUAUUAAAACAGCCUUGUUCAUCCAUCUGUGAGGAAAAGAGGAUAUGUAUAUAAAAUGUUGAAGGAUGAAAUGCUUCAGAAAAACGAAGUUACCGAGCGAAUUGGAAAGAAAAACAUAUGCGCAGAUUUAUUUGGGCAAAGCUGCCGAUCAAUGAUGUGAAAAUGUCGCACGAAAUAUCAUGUCAAAAGUUCGUGUUUACCAUUCUGGAAAUUUGCGUUUUUGAACAAUUUAAUAACCUGAUGAAGAUAACC